CAGAAUCUUACAGAAGAGGCAGAAUGACGUAAUUGGGCAUAUACAGAUAUGAUUUAUACCAUCCUAGUCUUACUUCUUUCAAUUAUAUGUUGUUGUCAAGCAACUACUUAUACAUUCGGUAAGAACUGCUCAGUUAUUCUUGAACGCAUACAUGACCACGCAGAUAUAUUUGUUAAGUAUGAUGGCGAACAACUUCAUGAGACCUGUAAUGACAUGUCGUUUUCUGGUUUUGACGAAGAUAGCCCUGGUGAUGAAUACAGAGUAUGUGUGACUCCCGAAUAUUAUGAAGAUCCGGAUUGUGCAGUUACAUUGACAUAUCGUAAAUCCUAUAGAGGAUCUCCGCUUAAGACUUAUAAAUGCGACAGUAAACCAGAUUCUAGGUAUUGUGGCAAAGGGAAAGAUGCUUUAUUCAUCGACGUUAAACUGCUGGCGGUCAUGACAAGAGAUGUGAGAUUUAAACUACAGGUGGAGGCUGAACUGACUUUUAACUAUAAUUCCUUUGUUGCGGCGGUUCUUGGUGGAGUAAUUGGUGGAUUUGUAAUUAUAUGUAUCGUUACGGGAGUCAUUAUAUUUAAGACCUGUAAAAGGAAAAGAUCACAAGGACAAGUGUUAAAUCCAGUGAACCGAACUGAGCGCGAGGUUUUGUGAUGACAGAAAGUUGACUUAUUAUCGACUGAAGGGUCGCUUCCAAUUAUACAGACAACAACAACAUAUUUAAUUGAUGAUAUUUUUUUUAUGUAAAACUAGGUGCAUUAUAAUUUAGAUUGAUACUUGUAAAUUAUAGUUGAGAUGAUCAAUGAAUUUUUGAUAAUCUGUUAAUCGCUAUUUAACCUAGGACGAUGUUGUCAAUUUCGUUAGCUUUGCCUCGCGCCUGCUUAGUUACUAGCGAUAAGUUUCGAUCUCAAGCGAGUAGCAUGAUAUAAAAAUUAUCACACAAAAAAAAGAUCAAAGGAAAAAUGCACAAAAUAGCGAUAAACAAGAAUGUGUCUCAAGUACACGGAUGCCCCACUCGCACCAUCAUUUUCUAGGUUCAAUGGACCGUGAAUUUGGCAUUAAGAUUAGAAAGAUCAUAUCGUCUCUCGUACAUCUGUACAGAUUGGCUUAUGUUUACAAAAUGUACCUUUUAUAAAUGUAUUGUGUAAUUUUAUACAUAAGGUGA